UCUAAUCACAAACUCUCCUGUCCCCUUCUUCUAAUCUCCUUCCACAGUACAGUUUGGAUCCAGUUUUACUAUUAAAUUAUACUAACACUAACACAUGCUGUAAAUUAUAAACUAUAUAGAUACACAUUAUUUAAUCAACUUAUAAUAAUACAUAAAACGUAUAUGUAUUUGUGUGUGUAUAUUUAUAUAUAUAAACACCUCUCUCUCUCUCUCUCUCUCUAAAUAUAUAUAACAUAUACACAAAAAUAUUGCUAGUCCAGCUUUUUCGCUUGCCUCCUUCCUUUCACAGCCUGUCAACUUGAAUUAUUUAGAUACCAUGAUUGUGUAUAUAUGUGUGUAUAUAUAAAUAUAAUUAAAAAGAUGGAGAUCAGAGGGUAGUAUGCUUUGUUGUUUCUGUAAGACAAUUUAGAAGUUGAAGACUGGUUCUGGCCUGUCAAACGAGCUUUGUUGAUUUCCAUCUUUAGCAGUCAGAUUUUGUAAUCUACUUAGCUUGCUCCGUCCUAAAUUAACUUCACAACAUCUUUGUGUUUUGCUCAUCGUGAGGCAUAUACACACACACACACAAUUCCGUCCUCAUCUACGUAGAGUUCUCUUGGUUUUGUUGAUGAGAGUCUGAGCAGACUCAUGGAUGAUCAGAGGAGUAAUCAAGAACAUGUUCAAUGAUCAGCUUCGCAGAAGAAAAUUGCCAUCUGCCCACUUCUUGUUUCAGGCAUGGGAACCAAACUUGAUUACUCAAUAUUCAAUCCAUUAGCAAGGAGUAGUACCAGUGUGGUGUUUGUUAAUGAUUGGGACUUUCUCCAUACAAGUUCUUCAUCAUCAGGACCCAUAAAGGAGAAUAAGUAUAAGUUUAAGAGUGUAGCAGGACAUCAUUAUAACUCCAUGGACAAAUUACUUGAAAAGCACAACAUGGAGUCCAUCAGAAAAACAAUGCAGCUGCAUGAAGACAUUUUCAAACACCAGGUAAGGGAGCUCCAUAGGCUGUAUAGUGUACAGAAGAUGCUGAUGGAUGAGGUGAAGAGGGAGAUCAAACAAAAUAGGUACUGGAUUUCGUCAACUGGGAUUGAUAAUACUAAUCAAUGUCAUCAAUAUUCAUCAUCAACAUCACAAGGGGUAGCUGGUUUUGGAUACAGUUUCACCAUUGAAGGUCUCCGAGAUCAUCAUCAUCAUCAUCAUCAUCAUCAUCCAAUUAGCUCUAGGGAGAGAAGUACAGGCAGCUGCUCAGGACCAGACACAAUGAGAGUUAUGACUAGAGGGUUUGAUCUUGAAAGAAUACCAACUCAAGAUCAAGAAGACGUAAUCUCAACUCUUGAUCAAGAUUAUUCAAGGCCAAGUCAGAAAACCGAAAAAACGAGCAUCAAUGCAGGAUCUGAUGAAGACAGCGAAAUCGAACUGACACUAAGCAUUGGAGGAAGUAGCACAAGCAAGAUUAACAGAUUAUCAUCAUCAUCAUCAUCAAAAAGGUAUAAUCAGCUAAAUGAGAAGGAAUUAAGUAUUAGGCCGGAGCUCGAGAAUUCAUCGGUUUCUUUCAAAUCGGAUAGAGGAGACAGUAGUACCGGGCCUAACACUCCAAUCAGCAGCUCUAGUACAACAUUUGAUCAGGAAAGAAAGCGGCCUCACUGGCUUUUUCAAGGUUUAAGCAUUAAUAGAACCUGAUUAAUUAAUUUAAUCUGACUUUAUUAAUUUUAAUUUUCUGUGUGUAUGUGUAACAUCCUUUUGACUGAAAAUCUGUGACACCACUGAAUUUAUAUUGAUCAUGAUAUAUAUAAUCAUGCAUUCAAUUUUCCUAAUCAGUAAUUUAAUUGCUAGAUUGAUCUAAUAAAUCGGAGAGAUGUGUGCAAA